AUGGGGAAGAUAAAUGUAAAAGAUUACGGGAAUUUAUGUCAUUGGUUUAAAAAAUUAAGCAGCAAAAAAGUAAUGCCAUUGUUGCCAGAAAAAAAGGAAGAUAGGCUAAAACGAUUUACAAAUUUUUCUUUGUAUCAUAUAAUGGAAAAGUAUGAAUUUGUCCCAAACUUACUUUUACAAACUGAAUAUUUAUAUCCAACUUUACACAAUAACCCCGAGGUGUUAAGGCAAUCAUAUUUCAAUCACCACAAAUUUUCAAGCAAGAUGACUGAUGCUAAGAAAGAAAGGUGA